AUGAUCUAUCGAGUUCAAACGCUCUCCUCCGACUUAAUCGGAUUGGACAGGAUGUAUAUGAGCGAUAGUUGGAGUCAUUUGCACGGGCGCCUCCAUUUUGUAUUAGGUCACAUGAUAGCUGCUCCAAGGACCAUAAAAAUGUGGAGAAAAGGGGAUCAGAGGGAGAGAAAGAAUCCAUGGCUGACAUUUAAAAAUAAAUUCGACGAGGAUGGGAUUCGAACCCACGCGGGAAAACCCAAUGGAUUAGCAGUCCAUCGCCUUAACCACUCGGCCACCUCGUCACAUGCCAACAAUGUGAAAUUUAGUAAUGAUAAAGCAUUGAUCUCUGCCCAAACCAGCUUUCUGGAUCGAUUACUUCGAGAAAUCUUAGAUAAAUCUCUUCUGAGCUAUACCGGCUAUCAGUCUCAUCGUGGUGGACAUUUUCGGUUCCCCAGUCAAGACGAUUCCCUUUGUGAAUGUCGAAUAAGCGUAAUCAAAGAUGGAACCAUCGUAGACCCUUCUGAUAGAUGGGUCAACCUCAGUAUAGAUUCCAGUGGAGACAUACUCAGCAUCGAAGGAAAUUGUCAUUUGGAAAUUUUGGCGUAUCGUGAUUACGCAGCGUCCGAACAAAAUUUGGAAUUCGUGAGACACAAAGAAAGGGGAAGUACCAGUCACAUUUCUUUGGCGGACAUCGAUAUCGUGAACAACACGGCUGCUGUGGAUAAUUCGGCCAUCGAUUGCUUUUAUCGUAAUGGAACCCAAAUUCCGACUAGAGCGGAUUCACUGGAUAGAGACAUCUUGGUGAAUGUAAAUGGAGGCGACGAUAUCGACAAAGAUGUCGAGAUAUUCGAUACAAAAGAUAUCGAGGUAUCCGAUCCUAGAGAUAUCGAAAUAUCCGAUUCGAGAUACGAAUUAUCCGAUCCGAGAGAAGACGAUUUCUCCAAUCCGAAAAAGGAUGUUAGGGUAUCCAAUCUGGGUAUAUUCGUGCCAUUGAGCAAUAGGGAUGGAAUAAGAAUCGGAAACGGUAACAAGUGGCCGCGAACUAAUAUUUUGGGUAAUUAUCGUCUCCCUGUUUAUAACAUUGAUGUUAACGGGCAAACAUACACUAUUCGCGAGAAUCACAUGGAGAGAGGGAAGACGAAGCGACAGCCAUCAUAAUCCAGCAGUUGAUAAUGCCCAAAUCGAUCCGUUUUUCCAGGAAUCCCUUCUUUAUUGCCAAUUGCGAGAAGGGGAGACUGAGAGACAUUUUAGCAAAUGUUCCUCUAAACUGGCGAUAUCUUCGACGGUCGUUGUCGAUCCUAGCAUAAAUCCUACCCUCGUAUGUAAUCGGAUCUUGUUAGUGAAUCAAAAUAACGAAAAUACCGUAGUCAAAACUAUUAUUCCCAAAGAUCAAGUGAUAAUGAUAAAAUUUAGACAAUCUUCCGACAAGAG